GAUCAGCUGAUGCACAGUACUCUCACAGAGAACACAUUCUUUUGUCACUGGCUGACACGAGGUUCAAGAACAUAGGCUUUGGUCUCAGACAGAUCCCCAGGUCAUUCGGGAUCAGUCUCAGCCAGGUUUAGCUGAGUUCCGGAGAACCCCCCACGCCAUGGUGCUAUAAGCAGAAGAGCAUUUCUAUGCAUGUAGUCCAAAGCCACAUGGCAGUAGGUCCCUUCAGAACCUGCAGUCACUCAGGCUCUUUCUGGCUCACAGCUCUGCCAUCUCCUGUGUGGCUCUUGAUCAUCUUAUGGUCCAGAGUGACAGCUAGGGCUGUCGCUGUUAUGUUAAUGCUCGAGGAAGCAGGUUGGAAGAAAGUAGGAUAAAGAAGGAUUAGAGCAAAUGCCAGCGUUUCAUGAGGUUUUUAGAAUGACCCUAUGGCGUUCUUUCUCAGAUUCCAUUGGCUGAAAUAUAAGUUACAAGAGACUGCAAAGGAGACUGGUUAGUGGAGUUCCCCUGAAAACAAGGGGUUCUCAGUCACGGGGGAAAUCAAGAAGGGAACUGUGAAGUAGCCCUGUCAACCCAUCUCUGUCCUACAACUCCCUGCUUCCGAGGGCCUCAGUCCAGUCCUGGCCUCUUUACAUCUUAAUCAUCUCCGGCUGCCUGGAAACUGGAGUUGAUGGCUCAUAGUCCUGACCCGGCCUGACACAGCAUGGGGCCCAGAAGUCACGUCCGUUGUGUUCUGUCACUGGCUGUGGGUGUUCUGCUUCAUGGGGCAGAGAGAGAGCAGGGUGAGCUGAGGACACACAGGGGAUCUCCACAUCUUAAGCCUCCUUUAUGUCACUCCCUCAGGUGCCAUGAAAACUGCGGUGUGAAAGUAACUCACACAGGCACUGAGGAGAUGGCUCAGUGGGUAAGAGGCUCCUCUGCAACCCCAAGGACCUGGCAUCAGAUCCUGGCACUGACGUGAAAAAUCUGAGGUUCUUGGCACACGUGUGAUCCCAGUACUCAACCUACACCAGUGGAGAGGGAAAACGUGCAGAAGAGGACUUUCACACGAUGGAUAAACCUACACCUCGAAAAGUGUGACCCACCUCUAGAAGUUACGGACCUGUUUGUUGAUAUUCAAGAUGGCAAAAUCCUAAUGGCUCUGUUAGAAGUCCUCUCUGGGCGAAAUCUGCUGCAUGAAUACAAAUCCUCAUCACAUCGUAUUUUUCGGUUGAACAACAUAGCGAAAGCACUCAAGUUUCUGGAAGAUAGCAAUGUCAAGCUGGUUAGCAUCGAUGCAGCGGAAAUAGCGGACGGCAACCCCUCACUGGUUCUCGGGCUGAUAUGGAACAUCAUUCUCUUCUUCCAGAUAAAGGAGCUCACGGGCAACCUCAGCAGGAGUUCUCCAUCUUCCAGCUUGUCACCGGGCUCUGGGGGCACCGACUCCGACUCUUCCUACCCACCCACCCCCACCACCGAGAGGAGUGUGGCAGUGGCAGUGAAAGACCAGAGGAAGGCCAUCAAGACCCUGCUGUCAUGGGUGCAGAGGAAAACCAGGAAGUAUGGUGUGGCGGUCCAAGACUUUGCGGGCAGCUGGAGGAGUGGCCUGGCUUUCCUGGCUGUCAUCAAAGCUAUUGACCCCAGCCUCGUAGACAUGAAGCAGGCUCUGGAAGAUUCCACCCGGGACAAUCUGGAAAAGGCCUUCAGCAUUGCACAUGAUUCCCUGCAUAUCCCGAGGCUCCUGGAGCCGGAAGACAUCAUGGUUGACAUGCCGGAUGAGCAGUCCAUUGUGACUUACGUGGCCCAGUUUCUAGAACGCUUUCCAGAGUUGGAGCCUGAAGAUUUUGUGAAUCUGGACAAAGAAGCCCCCAUCGAGUCCACCUUUGUCCGCAUCAAAGAAAGCCCCUCCGAGCAGGAGAGCAGAGUCCUCCUCCUCAGCGAGAACGGAGAGCGGGCCUACACUGUCAACCAUGAAACCAGCUACCCGCCGCCUGACAAGGUCUUCGUCUGUGACCAGCUUGAGAGUCCAGCUGGCUUCUGUCUGGAUAGUGCUCCCAGCCACAAACUGUCAGACAGCUCCACAGAGUUUAUGCAUGAGAUUAUUGACCAAGUCCUCCAGGGGAGCACGGGGAAGACUGGAUCCAUCGCAGAGCCAACUCCAGAGUCGUCCAUUUUAUCAACCAGAAAGGAUGGCAGGAGGUCCAACUCUUUGCCUGUCAAGAAAACCGUCCACUUCGAGGCAGACUUGCACAAGGAUGCCUCGUGUAGUAAGGACCCUUUCUAUAGCUCUGACUUCCGCUUCGAGGGGAGCCCCAAGGCAACCAAGGAGCUGUCAAAGCAGGACGGCCAUGUCUCACUGGCUGAGGUGUCCAAGGAAAAGAAGUCAGAACAGGAAGCCAGGCUAGUGCUGGAAGCCGCCUCAGACAAGGCCCCCGAAAGCGCGGUCGAUGGUCUGGAUGCUGUGCCCCAGGAUGCUCAGCCUUCUCAGGACUCCUCCUUCUGUAAUGGCACUGUAGAGAGCCCAUCCAGCCAAGGUGAGAAAGGCCCUCCUCCACCAUCCCCUGAAGAUCAUACUAUCCUGGCCAACUCCACUGAGCUCAAGGUCCAGCUGAUGACCGUUGAGCCUAUGGACAAAGAAGACUACUUUGAAUGCAUCCCACUAAAAGCUUCAAAGUUUAACAGGGACCUAGUGGAUUUCGCCUCCACCAGCCAGGCUUUUGGUGAGGAUCCUUCGUCCCACGAGAAGACCCGUGGGGAGGAAGAGGGUUCUGAGAAUCACGCUGAGAAACCAGGGAAAAGGAAAUCAAAGUCUCCCCAUGCAGAAACAGAGUCUUCCGAGUCCAGAUUGGAGCCCAAGAAGCUCAAGCCUCCUCCCAAGGAUCCCGAACAAGAGGACCAAGGCCACACUUUGCCCCCGGAAACCCCUGCAGACAAAAAGCCUGAAGUGUAUGAAAAGGCCAAGAGAAAGUCCACUCGUCAUCACAGCGAGGAAGAAGGAGAAGCAGAAAGUGUCCUCUCUGCAGUCGGUGAAGAAAUACCAUCCACCCCUCCCAGCACCAGCGUCAGCCUGGAAACCCUCAGGAGUCACAGCGAAGAAGGUUUGGAUUUCAAACCUUCGCCUCCGCUCUCGAAGAUCUCUGUCAUCCCCCACGACCUGUUCUACUACCCUCACUACGAAGUGCCCCUGGCCGCUGUGCUGGAGGCUUACGCGGAAGGCGGGGAGGAUUUGAAAAGUGAGGAUAUGGACCCAGAGCAUCCAGAGGAGAGCUAUCUGCAGGACUCCAGGGAGGAGGAGGCUGACGAGGACGAGGAGGAGGCCCACAGCUCUCAAAGCAGCUGCAGUUUCUCCUUGCCUGUUGACAACAGCUACCCCAGUGUCAGUGACCAUGUGUCCCAUGUCGAUGGGAGCUCUGAGGGACCCACGUCAGCCUUGGGACCUGGUUCUCCACCCUCUCAUGAGGACCACCAGCCAAAGGAAACCAAAGAGAAUGGCCCUGUGGAAAGCCAGCAGUCCCAAGAACCCCCAAACCCGGAACUGCCCACAAAGCCAUUAGAAGAAAAGUUAACGGAAGCCUCAACUAGCAGUAAAAAGAAGGAAAAACGGAAACAUGUGGACCACGUAGAAAGCUCAUUAUUUAUAGCCCCUGGGACGGUCCGCUCCUCAGACGACCUUGAAGAAAACUCCAGCGAGCACAAGGUCCCUUCCAGGAAUAGUCACAGUGACUCCAGCAUUUACAUUCGGCGACACACUAAUAGGUCUUUGGAAUUGGACCAUUUUAGCUAUGUUCAAUUGAGGAACGCAGCCGAUCUGGAUGACAGGAGAAACAGAGUGUUAAACAGGUACAAUUCUCAGAAGCUCACUGAGCUGAUUUUACAGUUCUACGGCAUCAGAGCAGACAUGAAGCGCGAGUACAAACAUGCCAGGCUGUCUAUGACUGGCACCAACUCCUCUGGAGAAGCUGUGCCCCUGGGGAACCAGAGCCCGCCCAACGACUCUCUGACGCAGUUUGUACAGCAGCCCGAUGUGAUAUAUUUCAUUCUCUUCCUCUGGCUCCUGGUUUACUGCUUACUGCUCUUCCCACAGCUUGAUGUCAGCCGGCUCUGAAACGCGUGUCUGGAGAAUAAAAAGACAGGACCCUG